UCAGUUCAUCAAAUGGAUAUGUAGUUGUGGUUCCUUGUAGGCGACGAAGCCAGAGAAAAAGAUGGCGGAGACGAAGAGCAUGGGAGUGGUGGGCAGCGGCCAGAUGGGCUCGGGAAUCGCCCAGCUAGGCGCCGUGCACGGAAUCGACGUCUGGCUGAUGGACUCCGAUCCCGACGCCCUCGCCAGAGCCUCCAAAUUCAUCUCUUCCUCUAUCCAACGCUUGGUCUCCAAAGGCCAACUCUCUCAGGCAGCAGGUACUGAUGCUUUGGGACGCUUGCGGUUUACACCAAACUUGGAAGAGCUUCAUUCAGCUGAUGUUAUUAUUGAAGCUAUUGUGGAAUCUGAAGAUGUGAAAAGAAAGUUAUUUUCUGGACUAGAUAAAAUUGCAAAAAGUUCGGCCAUUUUGGCGUCUAAUACAAGUUCUAUAUCCAUUACUCGUCUAGCAUCUGUGACUAGCAGACCCUGCCAGGUGAUUGGCAUGCAUUUCAUGAAUCCUCCUCCUAUUAUGAAACUGGUGGAAAUUAUACGAGGUGCGGACACAUCUGAUGAGACAUUCAAUGCAACUAAAGCCUUGGCCUUGAGGCUUGGGAAGACAGUUAUAUGCUCUCAGGAUUAUUCUGGAUUCAUUGUAAACCGGAUCCUUAUGCCGAUGAUAAACGAAGCAUUUUUCACUCUCUAUACCGGUGUAGCAACAAAGGAAGACAUUGAUACAGGUAUGAAGCUGGGAACAAACCAUCCAAUGGGUCCCCUUGAGCUUGCAGAUUUCAUUGGAUUGGAUGUCUGCUUGUCGAUAAUGAAAGUUCUUCAUACUGGCCUUGGAGACAGUAAAUAUGCUCCCUGCCCUCUUCUUGUGCAAUAUGUCGAUGCCGGUCGACUGGGAAGAAAACGCGGUAUCGGGGUGUAUGAGUACCGUAAAGUGCCUGAACCAGUGAAGCCAUUACCUCGACUUUGAACUAGAGGCAUGUCACUAAGAACCUCCCAACAACUCUUAUCAAAAUUCUCUUUCAAGAUGCCAUAAUAUUUUCAUUUGGCUUCUUCCACACUGUCAUGUUAUCUCACAUGGUGAGGUUUAAAGUAGGUUCCACCGUGUGACCAUGUCUCAUAUGGUAGGAUGGAAGAAACGAAAAUAGGUGGGGAAACAGCAUCACCCUUUGGAUUAUGGAAUGUAUGAUGCUUUUGUUGAACUAGUGAGGAUCAUCAAGUACUGAGAAGUGAGCUUUUACAAAAGUAAUAAACAGAAAAUGGUUGUUGUGAUA